GUGGCAUGCAUUGGUAAUGACGAAACUCAGGCUCUGAUUCUUGAUUCCAUUCAUCAGGUGAUGACAUUGCAUUCGAAGGUACAAAUGUCUGACAUUCAUAUAGGAGCUGAUGAAGUCUUCCAGAUGGGACAAUGUGAUGCCGAUCGCAAGUUGCUACCGGUGAAGUACCAUAACAGUACGAAACGUCUGGUGUUCGACUAUAUCCGUACUGUUGCUACAAACAUUACGAAAACGUUUCCAAAAUCGCAGGUUCUGAUGUGGUAUGAUGAGUUGAGAGACGUUGAACGAUCUUUGAUCAAGGAGUAUGGAUUGGACCGAUUGGUAACACCGGUAGUAUGGAAAUAUACGCCAGAUUUGGAGAAG